CCGUACCAGUGAUAAUAUAUAGAGUAUAUAACAGCUCUAGUUCUUACGUUUGCGGUCCAGUUCUGUCUAAGUACUCGAGUAGUGAUUCAUUUCACGAUGUCGACGACAAGCUCACUGCACGUACUUCUGUUAAUUUUCACCAUGAGUCUUUCGGCGACAUCACAGUGUUCAGCUGCAUCUACUGAAUCUAAUCCCACCGUGAUCAAUAAUAGGCCGAUAAUCGGUAUUCUGACUCAAGAGGUAUCUCCCUAUGUAAACUCAAGAUAUGACAAUCAAUAUCACAGCUACAUCGCCGCGUCUUACGUUAAAUUUCUCGAGGGUGCUGGCGCGAGAGUUGUGCCAAUUUGGAUUGGGCAGAAGAGGUCGUAUUAUGAGGAUAUCAUGAGUAAAGUAAACGGAGUCCUGUGGCCUGGCGGAAACGCAAAUUUCGACGAUAAAAAUGGCUAUCGCGACGCGGGAUUCAUGAUAUACAAAAUUGCGAAAGAAAUGUACAAACAGGGAACGUACUUUCCAAUUAUGGGCGUCUGCUUGGGAUUCGAGUUGUUAACGUACGUCACCGCUAAUUGCAUAGAACACAGAAUACCGUGCAACGCCACAAAUCUACCCCUUUCCUUAAAAUUUACUCGAGAUUACCAAAACAGUACCAUGUUUCGAAAUGCACCGAUCGACGUUAUAGACACGCUAAAGUCUGAAAAAGUUACAUUUAAUGUCCAUCAUUACUGCGUCACCAAAAAACAAUUGCGAAAAGUUGGUGCGCUGAAUCUGCUGAAAGUACUAGCUGUUAACAACGACGAGGGGGGACAGGGGUUCAUUUCCGCGGUGGAGUCGACCAGUUUUCCGUUUUACGGGUUGCAGUUCCAUCCGGAGAAGAAUUUGUACGAAUGGAUCCUGGAACGUAAUAUACCGCACGGGGAGGACGCGGUGCAAAUCGCUCAAUAUUUUGCCAAUUUCUUCGUCAAAGAAGCGCGCAAGAACAAGAACGCAUUUAAUUCCAUCAGCGACGAAGCUCGGAGCUUAAUUUACAAUUAUCCGGUAACGUACACCGCGCAGAGGAACAUUUUGUUUCAGCAGACUUACUUCUUCAAGAAGAAUAGCACGGAGUUGAAUUACAUCUAGUGACUUGCCGCCAGCGUUGAUUAGGCUGGCACGGUGAUUCCAGCCGGCUUCGAGUCUCUAUACGGCUAUUUUUUAGGAAUUUAAUCACCGUGUUAUACAGGGCUCACCUGUACUUGUAUAGAACGACCUAACGUGUCUUUCUAACAUUUGAAGCGUU